UAUAUAUUGGGUGGAUCCAUAUAUUCGUUCGGUUUUUGUUAGUUUGCAAAUUUUUUCCGAAUAUCUCCGGUUCUGGUUGCCUAAUCGGGCAAUCCAAAUAUGUUUUGGAAAGGUGACAGUCCACUCUUUUCAUCUGUCAAAUUUGGUUUCAUUGGCAUUAGUUUUGUUUGUGCUACAGGCCUGUGAACAUAUCGGAGAAUAAGGUGCAUUUUCGGCACAUUUUGCUUUAUUACUUCAAGAAAGGCAAGCAAGCUGCGGAGGCUCACCGAAAGAUAUGCGGCGUAUACGGGGACGAUGCCUUAACAGAACGUGCCGCUCAGAAAUGGUUUGCCAAAUUUCGUUCCGGAGAUACGAGUCUUGAAGAUGGACCCCGCAGCGGUCGGCCCACCGAGGUUGAUUCGAAUGAUAUCAAGGCACUGGUUGAGCAAGACCGGACGCUAAAGAUGCGAGAGAUUGCGGAGACACUUAAAAUAGGUUAUGGAACCGUACAAAGGCAUUUGCAACAACUUGGCUACGUGUCCCGCCUCGAUGUUUGGGUGCCGCACAAGCUGACCGAGGAGAAUCUGGCCAACCGCAUAUCCAUCUGCAAUUCACUUUUGAAGCGGCACGAAAGCGACCCGUUUCUCAAACGAAUAGUGACUGGCGACGAAAAAUGGAUCAUCUACGACAACAUAGUGCGCAAGAGAUCGUGGGGAACCGCUGGCGAGCCGCCGAAUGCCACCCCGAAGGCCGGCCUGCAUCCGAAGAAGAUUUUGCUAUCCAUAUGGUGGGAUCAUCGUAGUGUGCUGUUUUACGAGCUGCUUCCUCAGGGAAAAACGAUCGAUUCGAAGGUCUACUGCACGCAGCUAACGAAAUUGAAUCAAGCAUUGCGACAGAAACGUCCAGAACUGGUCAAUCGCAAAGGUGUCAUAUUCCACCAUGACAACGCCAGACCCCACACCGCAAUAAUCACUCAGCAAAAAUUAGUGCAACUUGGCUGGGAAGUUUUGCCUCAUCCACCGUAUUCACCUUGCGCCAUCCGACUACCACUUGUUCCGGUCCCUGCAAAACUCCCUCAACGGAAAAUCGUUCGCUGAUUAGACAGCUGUGAAAAUGUACCUCUAUCGGUUUUUCGCCUCUAAGCCCCAGACCUUCUAUGAGAGCGGAAUAAUGAAAUUGUUGGAAAGAUGGCAAGAGGUCAUCAACAAAAACGGAGAAUAUAUCAUUGAUUAAAAUUCAUCCUUUGUAUGAAAAAAACUUGUUUUAUUUUAGCCUUCAAAAACCGAACGAAUAUAUGGAUCCACCCAAUAUAUAAUUCCAUGUAUGUAUACAAGAAUUUAUUUUGUAACAACACACAGAUUUGUGUGCAACGUUUAUAUAUAAGUACGUUUUAUUUUUGUGUACAACGUUUAUAUAAGUACGUUUUAUUUCACUCAGUAUUCUCCUACCAAGUUGUACGUAA